AUGUCCAAAUCACAGACAAUGACCAUCUCGCCAACUGAUGGGGCUUAUCAACCUCAUCAUCGUCAUCGCCAGGACGGUCCAUCUACAACACCCGAGACAUUCGAACUGAGUCUCAAAACACCCACAAAGUCACUACGAGAACUCACCCGUCGAGUCGUCCAGGGAGGUAAAGCCUCGUUACCAACAACCGGAGGCGCCCAAACAUCACCGUCAUCGGACGAAGAAGGAAUCAGUGUUCACAAUGGAGUGCCUGCGCCAGUCAAUGCGCCGCCGGCCAUUCAGCGGUGGAAUAUGCCCAGGGGGAACAUCGGUCGUCUGGGAUUUGCCUUUUUCUCAUUCAUCGUCACGGGUCUCAACGACGGUGCUGUCGGAGCACUGAUCCCAUACCCAACGCAGCUCGAGACGUACUAUCACCUGAACUAUACGACCGUCUCUCUGAUUUUCCUCACCCCCUUCGCAGGCUACUCCCUCGCCGCAUUCACCAAUGCCGCCAUCCACACGAAACUGGGCCAGCGAGGGAUCGCCAUCCUCGCUCCCCUGUGCCAUAUUAUCACCUACGCCGUCUUGUCCGCGCACCCGCCAUUCCCCGUCCUCGUCGUCAUCAACACCGUCUCCGGCUUCGGUAACGGCCUCACCGACGCCUGUUUCUGCGCCUGGAUCGGCGCCAUGGACAAGGCCAACGCCGUCCAGGGUUGCCUGCACAGUUUCUACUCGGUCGGCGCGCUGAUCGCCCCGCUGAUUGCCACGUCCAUGGUCGUCCAUGCUAAGCUGCCGUGGUACACGUUUUACUACUUCAUGGUGAGUAGUGACCACCAACCUGGCGAAGAACACCCGCACAUUUCUUCAGGGAAACAUACGGACCAGAAAUCGCUAACGGCCUGGUGCAAUGGCGUCAACCAGACUGGCAUGUCGGCCCUAGAAUUCAUCGGUCUCAGCACCGUUUUCUGGCACAAGACAGGGGAGGUGUACCGAAUCGAGCAUCCACGGGACACCGAGGCGACGGGCGGCCGCACCAAGGAGGCGCUCAAGUCGAAAAUCACCUGGAUCUGCUCUGCCUUCUUUUUCACGUACAUGGGCAUUGAAGAAAAAUCCUCAAGUGAGAAUCGAAAACUGACCAUACCCUCCGCCUUUCGCGGGGAGCCAACCCACCUAGUCGGACUCGGCGGCUGGAUCGUGACCUUCAUGCUACGCGUCCGGUCGGCCUCGCCCUCCGCGUCAGGCUACUCCGGCACGGGCUUCUGGGCGGGGAUGGCGCUGGGCCGAGCGUGCUUGGGGUUCGUGACCGAGCGGUUCGGCGAACGGGUCUGCAUCUCCAUCUACCUGGCCCUGUGCCUUGCGCUGCAGCUGAUCUUCUGGCUUGUGCCGACGUUCCUCGUGUCCGCCGUGGCCGUGGCAUUUCUGGGAUUCUUCCUCGGCCCCAUGUUCCCCGGCUGCGUCAUGAUGGCGGCGAAACUGCUCCCGCGACACAUCCACGUCAGCAGCAUCGGCUUCGCCAUGGCACUCGGCGGCACCGGCGGCACCGUCUUUCCCUUCGCCAUCGGCGCCAUCGCCGCGUCCAAGGGCGUCAAGGUCCUCCAGCCCAUCAUCCUCGCGCUGCUCGUCGUGCUGUUGGGCCUGUGGUUGAGUUUUCCCAGGGUGAAGAAGAGGGAGUAA